ACUCGCCAGGAAUAUUCUUAACCUUGUUUCACGGGAACUAAAACGUUUCGGUGAAGAGGUUUUACAAGAUGCUUCUUCAAUUACUAUUUCUGAGCUCUUUGGUCUCCCUUUCUUCACAAGGUUGUGGACUGCGUAAAGUGAAAGGCGAUAUACGAAAAUAUGAACAAUUUGUGAAUGGUGUCGGGUGGAAGGAUAUGUGGUGUGCUAUUGGAACUGGUUUUAGUGACCAAGAUUGCGACUGUACAAUCAGAGUAACAAGUGGUCUUGGAGGCUAUGCAGGGGCAGGAGCAGCCGCAAGUGCAUCUGCAGGUGCAGUUGCAGGUGGGGGCGGGGUAUUAAUUGGAGGUGGAAUCGGAGGCGGUGUUGGAAUUGGAGGCGGUGUUGGAGUUGGAGGCGGUGUUGGAGUUGGAGGCGGUGUUGGAAUUGGAGGUGGAGUCUUAGACCUUGGUUCAUACCUUGGUGGAGCUAUAAGUGGUGCUGCUGCUGCUGCCGCCGCUGCCGCUGCCAGUGCUGAUGCUGGUGGAAUUGGAGGUCUUGAUGCAGAAGAUAUGAGAUUGGCAGCUCUUCUCUCAGGUGGAGAUGCAGGAUUUGGUAGCACUGCUGGAGAUCUUGGUUCAUUAUUGGGAGGAGGAGGAGGCGGUAUCGGAGGCGGACUUGGCGGUGGUGGAGGAGGUGGUGGAGGUGGUGGUGGAGGUGGUGGAAGUGGUGGAGGUGGAGGCGGAGACGGAGGGGAAUCUAGUUCUAGUUCAGAUGACUCAAGUGACGGUGGUGACAGUGGUGACAGUGGUGACAGUGGUGACAGUAGUGACAGUAGUGAUAGUAGUGACGGCGACUUUGAUGAACUUGCUUUGGCUGAACUUGGUCUAGGAGGUGCUGAACUUGAUGAGGUUAUUGCAUCACUAAGUGGUGGAGGUGGUGGAGAUGGAUUUGGUCUUGGCCUCGGUGGAGCAGUAGAUAUAGAUUUAGGAGAUCUUGAAGAAUUACUUGGAGUUGAUUUGUCGGAUCUCGAUGAAGCCACACUUCUCGCUCUUCUUGGUGGUGGUGGAGCAGGAGGAAGUGCUGCAGCUGCAGCAGCAGCAGCGGCAGCUGCAGGAGGACUUGGAGGAGGAAGUGCUGCAGCUGCAGCAGCUGCAGCAGCAGCAGCUGCAGGAGGGCUAGGCGGUUCAAGUGCAGCAGCUGCAGCAGCAGCAGCAGCAGCAGCUGCAGGAGGGCUAGGCGGUUCAAGUGCAGCAGCUGCAGCAGCAGCAGCAGCAGCAGCUGCAGGAGGACUUGGCGGUUCAAGUGCAGCAGCUGCCGCAGCAGCAGCAGCAGCCGCUGCUGGAGGAUUUGGUGGUACAAGUGCAGCCGCUGCAGCAGCAGCGGCGGCAGCUGCAGGAGGAGUUGGUGGUGUCGGUGGUUCAAGUGCAGCAGCUGCAGCUGCAGCUGCCGCAGCUGCAGGUAGACGAGCAGCAGCUGCAGCCAGUGCUAGUGCUGCUGCAAGUGGUUCAUCAGGUGGAACUUUAAGACAGAGGCUUAUUUCUAAAAUUAUAGCUCGACGACAAGCGGCAGCAAGUGCCGCAGCAGCAGCGUCUGCCUCUGCAUCUGGUGGAGGUGGAGCAGGAGGUGGAGCAGGAGGUGCAAGUGCAGCUGCUGCCGCAGCAGCAGCUGCAGCUGCAGGUGGUUCAGUCGGUGGAGCUGGGGGUGGAUCCGGAGCUGCUGCAUCUGCAGCUGCUGCCGCUGCAGCAGGAGGUCGUUCAGGUUUAAUUAGAUGGUUGGUAGCAAGACGUGCUGCCGCUAGAGCAGCUGCUUCAGCCGGAGCUGGUGCCGGAGGAAUAGCUGUUGGUGCUGGAGGUGCUGGUGGUGCUGGUGGUGCUGGUGGUGCUGGUGCUGGAGGUGCUGGAGGUGCUGGUGGUUCUGGAGGAUCUGGUGGAUCUGGUGAUGGUGGUGGAGAUGGCGAUUGCGGCUCUUCUGAUUCAGAUUCAGGAUCUGAUUCUGACUCUGAUAAUGAUACUGACAGCUCCGACAGCGACACUGGAAGCGAUGCAUCGAAUUCUGACUCCGGUUCUGACUCGGAUGGUGACGGUGAUUCAGAUAGUUCUGGUACUUCCGAAAGUUCAAGUAGUGACAGUGGUGACACCUCAAAUGAGGAUAGUGACGAUGGUAGCGAUGAUGAUGAUGAUGACAGUUUCCGAUCAGCAGCCAAAAUAAUUAUUCAGCUUCUCACUAGACUUUUGAUGUCCGGAGGAUUUGCUGGAGCUGGUAGUAGUGCAUCUGCAAGUGCCAGUGCAGCAGCAAGUGCAGGCGGAGGAGCAGGAGGAGCAGGAUUAGGAUUAGGCGGUGGGUCUGGUGCAGCCUCUGCUGCUGCCGCUGCUGCUGCUGCUGCUGCUGCUGCUGGUUCCGGUGCUGGUUUCGGUGUUGGUGGUGGAUAUGGAGGAGGGGCUUCAGCUCACGCCUUUGCUGCUGCAUCCGCAGCAGCCUCUGCAGCAAGAAGAGCAAGACUUCUUAAUUUGUUGUUUGCUAGAUCAUCGGCAGCAGCUGCUGCAUCUGCUGCAGCUUCAGCAGGAGCAGGAAGUGGAAGUGGAGGAUUUGGUCUAGGUUCUAGAUUCCUUGGUGGAGGUAGAGGUGGUUCCCGUGCGGCUGCAAGCGCAGUUGCCAGUGCUGGAGCUAGUGCCAGAGGUGGAGGUGGAGGUGGUGGUGGUUCAUCAAGUGCUGCUGCCGCCGCUGCUGCUGCAGCAGCAGCUGCAAGGAACGCUAAUCUGAGAGGCUGGUUAGUUGCAAGUGGAGUAGGAGCAGGAGCUGGUGCUGGAGCAGGUGCUGGAGCUGGUGCUGGAGCUGGUGCUGGUGCUGGAGCAGGUGGUGGAUCUGGUGGAGGAGGUGGUGGUGGAUCAGGAAGUGGUGGAAGUGGUGGAUCUGGUGGUAGUGGUGGUUCCGGCGGAAAUGAUGGAAAUGAUGGAAAUGAUGGAUCUUCUUCCCGUGGCGUCAAAUUGUAUGCCUAUGACUAUUAUAAAGACGAUAAAAAAGGUUCAAAUGACUAACUAUUGAUGUUCAUUUUAUCACUUACCUCUACAAUUCUACAAUUAAGUCAAUGGACAAUUAUAUUCAAUAGUAAAAUCUGUUUGUGAUCUUACAGAGUACACUGGUCUCGCUGUCCCUAUUAACAAUGUUUGAGAAUAUAACUGAACGAUAGUUAAUGAAGCAAUCCAUCGUUGUGGAUAAACAUCGAUUUACAGAAUAUUGUGAUUUUUGUACGUAUUUAUUGUUGUUAAUCAAAGGCCUUAUGUGUUGUUUUAUUGUGCGAAAAUUUUCGUAAAAUAAAUAAAUAAAAUUA